UAGCCUCUAACGUUGCAGCCAGGGUAAUGUUAUUUCUAAAACAGGAAGUGUGGUGAAUCACAUGCUCAAAACAAAAUUUGAAUACACACACUUUUAGUAGCUUAGACUUUCGAACUUUAUGUCACCCGAUCGCAUCCCCCUUUCCACACUGCCUGGGGGAUUUGUACCACGUAUCUGCAAUGGCCACUCCGGUUCCAGCUGUUCGUGAUGUUGUGACAGAGGCCCGUCGACUGUACGAGCAGAGUUUUGGCUCUAGUCCCGAGGUAGUGGUGUGUGCCCCCGGCAGAGUCAAUCUAAUUGGCGAGCACACCGACUACAAUGAUGGAUUCGUACUACCAAUGGCCCUUGCCCUGGUGACGGUUGUUGUGGGAAGCCCAGACCCUAGCCAGGCUGUCACCGUAGUAACGGCAAAUAAGGAUGUUGAGGAGCCCAGGAGAGUCGAUUUCUACCUGCCCAAUGACGGCUCGACGCUGUCUCCAGGACAACCAGGAUGGGCUAACUACGUCAAGGGUGUUGUGCAACAUUAUAGGGCCUCACCUCUGCCGGGGUUCAAGGCUGUGAUUGCCAGCACCGUGCCGCUGGGAGGCGGUUUGUCCAGCUCCGCCUCUCUGGAAGUGGCUAUGUACACCUUCCUCCAGCAGCUCCAGCCAGACGACGGAGACAAGGUGGCGAAGGCCGUGGCUUGUCAGCAGGCCGAGCACUCGCACGCUGGUGUCCCCUGUGGCAUCAUGGACCAGCUCGUGUCUGUGCUGGGCCAGGAGGCUCACGCCUUGCUGAUUGACUGCAGGUCCAUGGAGGCUACCCUGGUUCCACUGUCUGACCCCAGCGUGGUCAUCCUCAUCACCAACUCCAACGUCAGGCACAAGCUGACCGGCAGCGAGUAUCCAACCAGACGCAAACAAUGCAUGGAAGCCGCCGCCAUCCUGGGCAAGCGUAGUCUCCGGGACGCUACCCUGCAAGAGCUGGAGGACGCCAGGGGCCGCAUGGACCAGGUGACCUAUAGAAGAGCUCUCCACGUGAUCCAGGAGAUCCAGAGGACGGUCCAAGGGGCCGAAGCUCUCAAGAGGGGCUUAUACGAAGAAUUUGGCAAGCUGAUGGUGGACAGCCACAACUCACUCAGGGACCUUUAUGAGGUGAGUUGCAGGGAGCUGGAUGAGCUGGUGUCGGCAGCCAUGGAGGUGAAAGGAGUGUAUGGCAGCCGAAUGACAGGAGGGGGCUUUGGUGGCUGCACUGUAACCCUACUGCAGGCCCACGUUGUUGAUAGGGCGAUACUACACAUGCAGGAACGGUACAGUGGAACCCCAACUUUCUACGUCACUACUCCUUCCGAGGGAGCCCGUGUUCUGAGCCUGUCCUGACCUGAAACGCUGCAGGCUUUUCAUCUCCUUUUUACUAUUUCUAAACAGAGAGGAGCAUUCCUUUGGAUGAUUGGAUUAUUGAUUUGAUGGGAUUAGUUUUCCUUUGAUUAUGGGCAGUAGAGUGGUUCAGUGGUUGUAGCUGUCUGAACUUAUAGCAGUAUUCAUGUCUGAAGUAAUCUUUGAAAUGUUUUUCAAAAAUAAUUAAUAAAGAAAUUGUAUCAGAAUUUG